GGGGCGACGGCAGAGCUGCCUGGCGGUGUAUUCUAGUUGUGGCGUUGCCGCUGGCGCAACAUUGAUCUGCAGGGCUGUGCGCUCGCUAGUCACUGGUGCGCGUAGGACGGGCGCUAGUAGCGAGCUGCCAGCGGCGCAUUGCCAUGAAGGACCUGCCGCCGCGCCCUGAGCCACCGCAACCGCUCGUCACUCUACCACGCGAACUGCGGCUCGUUCAAGUGGGCGAUGGUGAACUGGUUCCAUGGGAUCAUACGAGCCAAAGCUACUUGGUCAUGGAACGACGGGAGGCUCCAGACGGCGACCGGCGGCAAGUAGUGCGGGCCCGCAGCGUGCGCCGCCGUCUCUUCGGCGACGACGAGUCGGCCGGCGAGGACGGCGGCGCCGGCGGCAUAGGCGACGCCGGGCGCAGGCGGCGCCGCGCGCGCUGGCCAGAUGACCCGCUGGCUGUCUACGUGCUGCGGCCCGCCCAGGACGUCACCGACAAGAUGGCCGCCGAGGAGACGGCCGCAGCCACCCGCCGCUGGAACUUCGACUUCGUGAACGAGCGCCCGCUGGAGGGCCAGUGGCAGUGGGAGAAGGUUGGGGAUGAGGCGGACGGCGCAGAGGCCGAAAACGGAGGCGCCCAGGAGGCGGAGUCCGUGGACGAGUGCCACUCUCCGCAGCGCUGAGCGCCGUCUACGUCCGCGUCGGCGCGGCUGGUGGCUGCCGCCGCCGGCUGCCGUCGUCACCGACUCUAGUCUACGCAAAUUCUCAUAUUUUGUGAUCUUUUCGGUAAUUGUUUAAAGGCUUUAAUUCCACCAGAGAACGAACAGCGUGGAAACCUCUCCGUAUAUAUAUAUGCUUGUGAGCUAUUCUUGGUGUGCCGUGGUGGAUGCAUAUCAUGGCGUUUUAUUUCCUUUGAACCUAUUUAUAAAUUUCUAUUUCUAUGAUAAUCAACACGUAAAAAUUUUGUUUAGGAAGCCUCCAAAAAAAAAAAAAAAAAGUCAGAUGUGAGAACAAGAAGAAUCAUGUCCCACAUACUAGCGCUAUCCGUAUCAAUACCUAUUGUUGUG